UUUUAGGAUAAUCCAUAUUUUGAUAUGCACUUCCACAAAGUCUACAGUAUGGAGGCAUACAGUUGUGCAUCUAAAUAUACCUUUGCUCGAACGCUGAGCAAUCUGAAUGAAACAUAUCUUAAAAAGGACUUGAAGAUUGUGAACUUUGAUAGCACCUACCUAAACGAUGAUUCGAUCUGGUCAUCCAACAAUAGGGAUUGCUUAGUACUUAUGAGAAUAUGCUUCUAUGCUUCCAACCUUUUAUGUCUCUCCUUGUGUCCUUUGUCCUGAAGAUGUAUUUUAUAACAUUAAGGGGACUGGUCGAUUUUGCUAACCAGCAUUUUAUAAAUUAUCUGAUGAAAAUGACAAUAAGUGAUAUGUGAUACCUGCUUUUUAAUUUUACCUAUAAGUCCAAAGAGGAACCUCUUUUUUUUGAUAUCCAACUGACCAUGAGUUUAUAUGUAUUAGAAGGGCCUCACUCUGGCAAGUAGAAAUAUAUGAGGCUUUCAAAAAAAUAGAACAGUGAUUCUUAAAUUCAGCGGUGGUUGUUAAUGUAAGAUAAGGUCGGCAUUUGUUGUAUGUUUAUAGAGGUAUAAAUCAUUUUUCAUGAAUAGCUAGAAAUAUUUAAAAAUAUUUUAAGACCAUUAGCAGUUCAUUUACAUCCUAGAAGUAGAAAAACAAAGCAAAAAAAAAUUUUUUUUUUGCACAAGAAUGAUGCAUGUUUUCAUUUUUCAAAUGUAUUGAAAUACAGAACUCUGUUAAAGAGAUCGCACCUACAUAAAUACAUGAAUCAAAUACUCAUCCGGAUGGACUGGAGUUUUGCAUUUAUGUACUAUGGGACCAGUUUUUACCUAUGCACUUAUAGUGAUUUUUCCUCCUGAAUAUAAAGUGCUCCCUUUGACUUCUUCAUUUCUUAUGAUAUUGUCAUAGAAGCAUAAAAUGGAUAUUUUCAAGCAGAAUUAUUUUAUUUGACAGACCUUUGAAAACUUUUUUUUUUUUUUAAUAUCACUAAUGUCUCUUUCUUGCAACUUGUUUAUGUGCAUGAACAGGCCUGGUUGGGGAACAGAAACUGUGUAUGUCUCUUCUCUGCCUUAGGACCAAGAGUUAUCAACAUACUACUGGAAAUCCUAUGUAAACAGUAGUUUUUGGCAGUUAGUUACAAUUACUUUGUAGGUGACUGAGGGACUUCUCAAAAAUCAUAGGAUUAUGAGAGUAACUUUCACCAAUGUCUAGCUAUGUUAGCAUAUUCAGUGCACUACAUAAAUGUGUAUUAAUACUUACAUUUGCAUUGAAUGUGGGGUGGAUUCUACUGAGUAGUUGGGAAGAUCUAACCUGUAACAGAAAAAUAACAGCUGGACUUGUGACAGUAUAAUAUUACAGUAGAAAUACAGGAUGAAUUAAAGCUGUAUUGACCAAGAGCUGAAGAGGAACAAUUUCAGCAAGAGGCACAGUGAUAUUUCUUGGUGUCACCCAGAUAAGCUAGCUGGCUACUCUCCCCCAGAGUCAACAGAGAAAGCAAUGCCAUCCCAAAAGGUGAUUCAGGGAAACUUCUGGUCAGAACUUCCUGCAGGAGAAAAUUCAUUUUCUCUAUUGGCAGCCUAGAGAGUACAGAGAGAGUAGCUCUAGACUAAGCCAGCUAAGUACCAAAGUUGAUAACUGUAAAUAGCUCUCAGAAAAUCACAAGCUGGUUAAUGUUCUCUCUGAGUAAUUGCCAUCAUGGCUUUUUUGUGGAAGGAGAUCACGACUUGGUCUUCACUGUUGCGUUUCACAUGCACUCCCACCUUCCAAAACAUUUGUGCAAAUGUACUUUGGAUUCAAAGUUGAAAUAAAAUCAAAUAAGUGAGGGUAUAUUUGAAAAACUGUAUAAAAUGUACAGCUUUCUACUUUUCUUUUAAAACGUUAACCUACUGCUUGUGUAUAAAAAGGCCAUAUAUUUGAUUAUCUUAAGUUACAUAUUUAUUCCAGAUUUAUCUUGUAAAUUACACACAUUCUAACACAAAACUUAAUAAUUAUGUAUACCUUGACAGUUAUGAAGGCAAUUUAUAUGGAUUAACACUAAUUUUCAGCAAUUUUUGAAAACUUACAGCUUGCAUUUGUCAGCUAAAUAUUGAUAGAGAGAAGGAUUGUAUUUAUAAUUAUUGUUUAUGAUAUGCAGUUGUUCUUAUCAGAAUGUCUUUGAGAUAACUCAGUCCAGCAUUUGAUCACUACAAAAAGUAUUUGCCCAACAUCCAGGCUGCACAAAGACAUUUUACAAUAGCAUGUAUAAAGAAGAAUAUAGUUGUAUAUUGUGCCACGUUGUCUUGUUUGUUAACUUUACAAUAAUAUAUUCAAUGUUUUCUGUGAAGUCAACAAAUUCUUUGCUUACUAGGCACAAGGAAUUAUUUUAUGGAUGAAAGAAGCAUUCAUAUGGUAAUAAAAAAAAGUAGAAUCUCUAAUAAUUGAUACCUCAGAGCAUUCUUUUGAAAUACAGUUGCAGUUGGUGACUUCCUGAUCUAUUGGUGCUAUAUUUGUCUUUUUUCUCCAUAC